GGAAAAAGACAUCUAUAUUGGCUAUUUGCCUCUUGCCCAUGUUCUGGAGCUGAGUGCUGAACUUGUGUGUCUGUCUCACGGAUGCCGCAUUGGUUACUCUUCACCUCAGACGUUAGCUGACCAGUCCUCUAAAAUAAAGAAAGGAAGCAAAGGCGAUGUUACUACACUUAAGCCAACCCUAAUGGCAGCUGUCCCGGAAAUUAUGGAUCGGAUCUACAAAAAUGUCAUGAAUAAAGUGAAUGAAAUGACUAGUUUCCAGCGGAAUCUAUUUAUAUUGGCCUACAACUACAAAAUGGAACAGAUUUCCAAAGGUUACACUACCCCGCUCUGCGAUAGCCUUAUUUUCCGGAAAGUACGAAUGCUGCUAGGUGGAAAAAUUCGCAUCCUGCUUUGUGGAGGAGCUCCACUCUCUGCAGCAACUCAGCGGUUUAUGAACAUUUGUUUCUGUUGCCCUGUAGGACAGGGGUAUGGACUAACUGAAUCGGCCGGAGCUGGAACAAUCACAGAAGUUUGGGACUACACUACAGGGAGAGUGGGAGCACCUUUGGUCUGUUGUGAAAUCAAGUUAAUGAACUGGGAAGAAGGUGGAUAUUACAACACUGAUAAACCAUAUCCUAGAGGUGAGAUUCUUAUUGGAGGGCAAAAUGUGACUGUGGGCUACUACAAAAAUGAAGUACGAACCAAAAAAGAUUUCACUGUUGAUGAGAAUGGGCAGAGGUGGCUCCAUACUGGAGACAUUGGAGAGUUUCAUCAAGAUGGAUGUCUAAAAAUUAUUGAUCGUAAAAAAGAUCUUGUAAAACUCCAGGCAGGAGAAUACGUUUCUCUUGGCAAAGUAGAAGCAGCUCUAAAGAAUCUUCCACUGGUAGAUAAUAUUUGUGUGUAUGCAAGCAGUUUCCAUUCUUAUGUCAUUGGAUUUGUUGUGCCAAAUCAAAAGGAGCUCACAGAACUAGCUCGAAAGAAAGGAUUUAAAGGAGCCUGGGAAGAGAUCUGUAACAGUCCUGAGAUGGAAAAAGAGGUACUGAAGGUGCUAGCUGAGGCUGCCAUGGCAGCUAAUCUGGAGAAGUUUGAAAUACCCGUUAAAAUUCGCUUGAGCCCUGAUCCUUGGACCCCUGAGACUGGUCUAGUGACAGAUGCAUUCAAACUAAAACGCAAAGAGCUUACAGCAUACUAUCAAACGGACAUUGAUCGAAUGUAUGGAAAAAAUGUAAAGUAAUUCUUUUCCUGCACCACUUUGCUACAAUGAGCUUGGAUCAAAUAGGAAAUACUUGAAUUGCCUGUCUCGGCACUUGAGAUCAACACACAAAACCACCAUUCCUCAUUUGCAGCUUAAACUGUUACUUCUGAUAACAUCACCGUGAUGACUGGCAAGUUUAGUAAAAUGUUACGGCAGCAAACUCGUGUCUGUCUCCUUUUUUCCAGUUUUCUCUGCUACCUUGUCAGUCUGUGGAUUUUCCCGAGUCUUUUUGGGAAACCGUGAUUCUGAAGCCUCAAGUUUUUAAACAUUUAUAAAUCCUGUAUAAUGUUUUAUUUGUAUCUUUAAAAUUUGGAUGU